UUGACAAAUAAAUAUUUAUAAAAUAACAUCACAAAAACCAAACAGUGAAAUUGUGAGAAAUAAUGAAAUAAAAUGUAAUAGUACAAUUAUUUUGAAACUAAUUAUAGUGCACCCGCGUAUAGAUAAGCGGCGGUUUUCAUUUAAAUGGAACGUAAUUCAUACUUAAAUGAAGAAUAAAUCAAGAUUUGUCCUCUAUGAAGGACCUUCUUUCAAGGCCGUCACGGACGCUAUGAAGAGUAAAGCUCGAUGCCGGAACAGCAUAAAGGUUACUCUAGAUACCGCGGGCUUCUCUAAAUAUAGCCAAAAUCACAAUUUGCUGGUGUAUACCGUACUUACGUUCGUCGUCGUGUUCCUCAUAUACAUGGCUACUAAAGACUGGAAAGGGUACACCAGCCCAGAGGAGGUGGAUUUGGGCACAGUCCAAGUGCCGACUCCUGCUAGCCACCGAAAAAAUGGACACUUACCCAGAGAAGACUAAAUAAUAGAUAAGUACAAUAUCUCAAAAUAAAUAAUUUCACUUUUAA